AUGCAAACGCAAUCAGACUCGUCAGAGAAGCAGGGGACGACUCCAAGUGUUGAGCGACGUUCGAGCACUGAAGUGUCUAAUUCGGAACCUGGAGCCGAAGAUGACGCAGUUCGCAACACGGCAGUUCUUACUGCGGACGAAGAGCAUCCUCAUGGUGCCCGCCUAGCGGCUAUAGUCGUCUCACUCAUGCUCUGCAUGUUUUUAGUUGCACUUGAUAAUACUAUAGUCGGCACGGCUAUCCCCAAAAUCACGGACGAAUUCCACGACUUGAACAAAGUCUCGUGGUAUGGCUCGGCGUAUUUCAUGACUUUCGGCGGUGGUUUCCAAUCGUUCUGGGGAAAGUUUUACAAGUAUUUUCCAAUCAAACUUUGGUUUCUUGUUGCUGUACUCAUCUUCGAAGUGGGCAGCCUCAUCUGCGGCGUGGCUCAAAACCCUACCGCCCUAAUUGUUGGCCGAGCCAUCGCUGGCUUGGGGGGGUCUGGAGUUUUGGUUGGCGUUUACACUAUCCUUGGUCUUGCUGCACCACCAGAGAAGCGUCCACAGCUAUUGGGAUUUACUGGAGCAACUUAUGGCAUUGCUGCCGUCUUGGGUCCACUCGUCGGAGGGGCCUUCACUGAUAAAGUCACAUGGCGAUGGUGUUUCUACAUCAAUCUACCGUUGGGGGGGCUGGCCGCUGUGGGGUUCUUCUUGUUUUUCAAGACCCCAAGUGCUGCAACCCCGGCAAAAGCAACGCUGAAAGAGAAAAUCUUGCAAAUGGACCUCAUCGGAGCAGUCUUGAUGAUGGGAUUGAUCAUUGCAUAUAUCUUGGCGUUGCAGUACGGUGGCCAAACACACUCUUGGAAGAGCAGCCCGGUCAUAGGGCUGCUAGUUGGCUGUUUUGUCAUCUUUCUGUCUUUUGUAAUUUGGGAAAUAUGGCAGAAAGAACGUGCAAUGAUUGUUCCACGACUAUUUAUGAAACGCUACAUCAGCGUGGGAUCCAUCUUCGUGUUCUUCUUCGGCGGUGCCUAUUUCACCGUCCUUUACUAUCUCCCAAUCUACUUUCAAAGUGUCUUCAACAACAGCCCGCUCGAAUCUGGUGUCAAAAUGCUCGCACUCAUCAUACCGCUCACCAUUGCUGCCAUUGUACAGGGAUUUGCAUUAUCCAAAGUGGGUAUCGUGCCUCUAUUCUGGAUCAUAGGAGCAGCUCUGGGAACUGUCGGCUGCGGCCUAUUGUAUACCUUUAAUACAGAUACGCCUACCGGUAAAUGGAUUGGCUAUCAAAUUAUUGUUGGAUUCGCUGUGGGCUGGACAUUGCAGAUUUCAUUAUCAAACGCACAAGUCCAUGCUUCACCAGAGGACAUGUCCCAAGCGACAGCCAUUGUUAAUUUCUUCACAACAAUUGGUGGAGCAUUCUUCCUCUCAGCAUCACAAUCUGCCUUCAACAAUCAGCUGAUUAAAACUUUUGCUGUAAAACUCCCCGAGAUCAAUCCAGCUAUAGCGCUUGGGACAGGUGCAACACAAAUCCGCGAGAUCUUUACGGCUUCACAAGUACCCAUUGUCAUCGAUGCUUACAUGACCAGUCUGAAGGAUGUAUUUGCAAUAACAAUUGCGGCCUUUGGUUUCGCCACUAUCAUUGGCUUCUUCGGUAGCUGGAGGAAACUCCAGAGUGAUGAGCUAAAGAAGGCUGCUGGUGGGCCUGCAUAA